CUCCCCGCUGAUUCCUCCACUUAAUUACUUCCGCAUCUGCGGCCCUCCGCCUCAUCAUCAAUCCACCAUUAAUUUCUUCCCUUGUUUCGUGACUCAGUGAGUCAACUGCCGAUUCAUGGAUCGUUUCCUCGGCAUCUCCUCCUCCUCCUCCUCCUCCUUCUCCUCUUCCUCCUCUUCCUCUUCCUCUUCCGCUGUUGAAGCUAACAACGGCGGCGACGAGCUGAACGAGGACGAUAUUUUCUGGACCAACGACGUCACUGAAUUACAAGAGGAGCAGAAUUCGACCAUCACCAGCAGUACCAGUAACCGCCGCCAGAUUUUCGCGCACAAUUCCGGUAUCCUCGCUGCAUUAUCCGAGACGAAGCGGUACGAAGUGCUGUACCGAAAGCCGAUUAUACCGUUAACCACCAGAAUGGGUACGUCGAUCCCGAGGCCACCUCUGCAGGAGAGGGAGUGGCUUUCUGGCACUAGGAAGUUACAGCAACAGUCGGCUCCGGUGAACGUGCCGUUGCUGUCGAUGGCUGUGGCCAGAGAGAGGAAUAAGAAGUUUCUAGAAGUGGAUAACGAUGAUGACAGGGAUGAGGAGAUGCUCCCGCCACACGAGAUGGUGGCGAGAGGAUCGGGAAUGUCGCCAAAGACGACGUUCUCGGUGCUUGAAGGAGCAGGAAGGACUCUGAAAGGUAGGGAUCUACGGCAGGUGAGAAAUGCCGUUUGGCGCAAAACCGGAUUUCUUGAUUGAUCAGCUAAUUAGUGUCCUCUUUCUUCAUCUGGGUAAAGGUAAAACUGUAUCAUAUCAUCUUGUUUGAUUGUGAUCAGAAUUUUGUUUGGUUUGAAUUACGGUGAAAUUGUCUGAUGUUGUAAUUAGUAUGAAGUCAGUUUCUGGUUUGCUGCUAUAAUUUUGAAAACAGAAAUCAGUUUCAAUCUCAGAGAUAUGAUCAUGUGGAUUUUUCAAUUUUUAUUACUCCCCCUUGUACUUUUUUGCAGUUGUCUGAAUAAUGAUGUCACUGUUGU